ACGAGCAGGGAAGACACUUUUCAGCCGGUAAAACGUGAUUAAAAUGUGGGAAAGUCGGCUUUAUACGGAUCCCACAUGAAAUGCUGAUGGUUUUAUAAGUGUUUUCAUACCUGCCAGGAUGGAUCUUGGGAAGGCAAAGCUGCUUCGGACGGGUCUCAACACUCUUCACCAAGCCAUCCACCCUGUGCACGGGAUAGCAUGGACGGACGGCAAGCAGGUCUGCCUGACAUCUCUGUAUUUUAUCAACGGCGAGGUGAAUUUUGGGGACACAAAUGUAAUCGGGCAGUUCGAGCACGUCUUUGGGCUCUUCUGGGGCCCGCUGUGCUGCCCGGACUCCCCAGCCUUGCUGGCUGUUCAGCACAAGAAACAUGUCACCGUGUGGCAGCUGCAGCUCAGCGCGCUCGAGCAGAACAAGCUGCUGUGCACUCAGACUUGUGAGAUGAGCGAGCCGUUCCCGUUGCUCUCCCAAGGCUGCGUGUGGCAUCCUAAGCUGGACAUCCUGGCUGUGCUGACCAAGAGAGACACCUCUGUGUUGUUUUCAGUCCGAGUGGACAACCGGAGAAUCAAAGCGGACAUUAAAGGUAGCGGACUCAUCCACUGUGCAUGCUGGACUAAGGAUGGCACACGCCUGGUGGUCGCUAUAGGAAGUUCUCUUCACUCUUACAUCUGGAAUGACAUCCAGAAGAGCCUGGUGGCGUGCUCCUUCUGCCCCAUAUUUGACGUGGGAGGCUACAUUUGUGCCAUCGAGGCCACGGGCGAGGCUCGAGUCGCUGUGGCUACAGAGCUGCCUCUUGAUAAACUCUGUGGGUUAAACGCCGGCAUCGCCUUCGACAUGCCAACGGAGGCCGAGUCGCUGCAAAGCCACGGCUCGCAUGUGGUCAUGUCAGAAGACGACAACCUUUUAGAUUCAAGAAGACGAUCUUUUGAGUCCGAGAGGUCCUACAUCCCGAACUCAGGCCCUCUGGACCUCACCCACCUCUUGGCGAGGCACCGCCGCUCUGACCCCAGCCCUCUCAUUCACCUGCGUCGCAGAGACACAAUGACAGGCUCCGGCCAGGACUCCUCACACCUCAUCCUGGUCACAUAUGAGCGUAAAGUCACCACCAGCCGCAAAGUGAGCAUCCCGGGGAUUCUGGUUCCGGAUAUUGUGGCUUUUGACCCACGUGGGUCCACAGUUGCAGUGGCAUCCAACACCUGCAACAUGGUGCUGGUGUAUUGCAUCACAGCGUCCGCCAUGCCGAACAUUCAGCAGAUCUCUCUGCAGACGAACGAGAGGCCCAAAGGACUUUGUUUCCUCAACGACAAGAUGCUGCUGUUGAUGGUGGGCAGGCAGAAGUCCAACGACCCUGCCUUCCUCCCGUCGUCUAACACGGAUAAAUAUAUUCUCCGUCUCGUAGCCAAGGAGCUGAUGCCCGACGGAGAGACUCCCAUCACACCAUCCCCCUCUCCUCACAACCACGAGUCGAACUUCUGCGCAGGGAUUAGGAGGCACUCGGAGCACCUGUCUAAGGACGACAGGGAGCGCCCAGGGAUAAAGGACUUGGUGUUACCUGGAGGGGGAGUUGUUCGCUCGCCGGGCAACACGCGCAGGCUGGUGACGGAGGUGAGGAGCAGCGAGCCCAGCCCCGUCACUAGCUCUGUGGACUUCUCCGAUCGAGCCUCAGCCCUGUCCAGCGCCUCCUCCAUCACGGUUGAGAAUUUCGACAUGGAGCACGUCAACCGCAUGACCAGCCUGGCGGUGGCCGGACAGGUCAGCAGGGACUCCAGCCGGGCCAGCUCGCCUCGCCUCGAGCCGGCGGACAAGCUCCACACGGACCCGACGCUGCCCAUGCCCGAGAAGACACCGGGUCCCUCCAAAGAGCGAGCCCUGGAGCAGCUGGUUCAAAACAUGGAGAGGCUUUUUACGCGCUUUGCAGACGUACAGCAGUGCCUGACGGAAAUCAGAGAUUAUACCCAGAACGGCAAAAAGGCCCUGAGCGUCUACCCCAACGCCUGUGAACCCCCUUAUGUCAAUGUCACCUGUCAGAAGCAGUUAUCAGAAAAUGUGUUCAUUGACGAGCGGAGGCCGGUGCUGCUGUGCGAUGGGAAGUUGUGUCUGCGUGCCCUCCAAGACCUCUUCAACCUCACUAUUGUGGAGAUGAUGUACGGUCCAUUGUGGAUUGUACUUGUGGCAGAUGCAGACGGCUUUGUGCCUCUCACGUUCAAGCCCAAAGAGGAGCUCACAGUGCGAAACGGGAAGCGAAAAACUACCCUGAGGACUCCCGGGAGUCCGGACAGCUCCGCCCCGUCCAGUCCAGCCCCCGGCCAAAACCCCAACACAACCACAGAGACCUCCACAUAGUGCCUCCAAAGACACCUCGGUUUGGACUUGUGCAGUAUUCCUCCGGUAUCUAAAAUAUGCAAAGCGGAGCAGAUGUGGACUGAAGAUGCAGAUACAUAGUUAUUGUUACGUUCAUUUUUCUAUUAAAAAACAGCAGUGAGUUUAAAAAAUGGGCUGCCUGUUCAGAUGUGAUGUUUACAUGCUGCUGCUUUGAAAUGAACCUGAAAGAUGUUUGAGCCAUGUUUUGUUUUUUCUUGUUUUUGUUGACAAAAUGCAGUGAGGACAACAACUGUAGUGCCACGAUGCUCCAACAGCCCGGAGUACGUUUUAGAGAUAAGUCUUGAAUUUUCCUGCUGUCAUAUUUCAAGAUCCAGUAGAGGCUUAUAUAUUUUGUAAAUGUUUUGAUUUUUAUUUGUUUUUCUUGAAUCCCUGCAGAAAUCCCCACUGGUACGAAAUUCAGGUUUUUAACCAUUUUUCCCCUUUUUUUCUUAAUGUGUAAUUUUUGUUAUACAACAAAAGUGGUUUAGAAAAAUAUUGAUGCACUUUUUCUCCGACACUUGUAAUGUGUCAAAGCUCAGUAACACGACUGUACCAGUAGAGGGGGCAAGAGUCAACAAAAACUUCCCUUUUAUCACUAUUCAGUGCUGCACUGAGCUGUACUGAAGACCAAACCAGUAAAAGUGUAUCUUGUUUUGAAAGAAAACCCAUCUUUUAGAAUCUUUUUGAAUAUUAAAUCUGAAUAACUA